AGGCAAGGUACAGGCGGCGCAGCCGUCGCAGGCGUCCUCGGCGCCCCCGGUGCCCGCCGCGCCCUCCGACGCGACGGCCCUGGUGCCCGUGGGCCCGGCGGGCGAGGCCGAGGACGACGGGAACCUCGAUAAUUUUAUCAACUCUACCAGGCCCCGGGACGUCUUCGACGGGCUGGGCAGCGGCCUGAAGGCAGCCACCGCGUGCACCUUCGGGGGUCUCACCGCCCUGGUGGCGAUGCCCGUCGUCGGGGCCAGGGAGGAGGGCGUCAGCGGCUUCGUCACCGGCCUCGGCAAGGGCGUGGUGGGCGCGGUGGCCGGCGUGGCGCUGGGCGCCACGGCGUGCGUGACGCAGGUGGUGCGGGGCGCCGUGAACACCCCCGAGGCGCUGCAGCAGGCGCAGGCGGGCAAGCGCUGGGACGCGGAGGCCUUCGACCAGCCGGCCCAGAGCCGAGCGCAGCCGCCCGCUCUCCUCGCGGAAGCCCGCCGGGGAUUGCCGCAGGCCGCCGGGGACCGCCGAGGACAGCAGAGCGCGCACGGCCGAGGACAGGACGCCACGGCCGCCGGCGGCGCCGCGCGGCACGUGGCCGACACGGCGCUGUACGACAUCAUCGGGGUGCCGUCGUCUGCGUCGGACGCGGAAAUCAAGCGGGCGUAUUACAAGGCCGCCCUGAAGGUCCACCCGGAUAAGAACCCGGGCGACCCCGAGGCACGAGCCCCUCCGCGCCUUCCCCGCCGUGUGGCCGGGCGGUGA